AUGACACCCCCGUCGGAAUCGGAUGAGUCUUAUCGGCCUGCCGUUAAGACUGUACAAGAUGAUGGUUCCGAUGCUCCCGUAUUCAGAUCAAAUUGCAGUGCUUUUCCGGAAGUGGAACUCAAACUUUCGGCCCAUAAAAUUUGGUUCCCUAGUAAAGGCGAACCUUCGUCCAUAAGGACGGGAUCCAAAACAAAAUGUCUGGGGCAAGAAGUCGUAGAUGUAUAUAUUGACGGUGCCUGUUGCCACUACGGUAAAGGGGAAUCCAAAGCUGCAAUCGGGGUUUGGUUUGGAAAGGAUCACCCUUUAAACUCGUCACAAAAGGCCGUCGACCGUCAAACGAACAAUUUCGCAGAGAUUCAGACUGCCACCUUGGCUACCAUUAAGGCUCAUGAAGCUGGAAUUAAAAACCUUCGUUUCCAUAUCGACUUACAAUUUCUGAUAGAUAGCAUUACUAAAUGGAUUCUUAAAUGGAAAGAAAAUGGGUGGAAAACUGCUGAAAGAAAACCUAUUAUUAAUAAAACAGAAUUCGAAAAAUUGAAGGAAGCUAUCGGUCCCUUGAGCGUCGAUUGGGCACAUGUUUCUAGCCACAAGGGUAUAUUAGGCAACGAAAUGGCUGAUCGCCUAGCUAGAGCAGAAGCAGGGCAACCUGAAACAGACUUGGAAGCUGCCCAGGGGCCAUUCCAAGAAGGCCUAGAUUUAAACGAGAAACCUAGCUCUUAG